CUGGGCGGUGCACGGCUGAGCGAGAGGCAGCAGGGCCCACCACGAGCUCCAUGGCGCUCAGUGUCGGUGUUCGGCGGCUCUCCCAACUGCCGGGCCAUGGGGAGCGGCAGGUCCAUCUCAGCUUCCGAGGCUUCACCCAGAAGACGAGAAAGGUCUGCUGUGGCCCAGAGGCCAUCUUCAAGGAGCUCUUCCAUUGGCCGCACUAUGGGAAGCUUGUCAUGGGCGAAAUGCUAUCCAUUAAGGUUUACAACUGCAGCAAGGUUUUCAGUAACAGGCUGCUCGGUACCCUUGUCCUCAGCCUUCAGCACCUGAUGACAUCCGGAAGGCUAAUCCUGCGUGAGGCCCUUGUGGACAAGAGCAACAGAGUCACUGAUAUCUACAUUGAGUUGGAUUUGCGCUACCAGCCUCCAAAUAGCUCAGCAGGGAGCUGGAUUGAAGAGGAUUUUGUCUAUCCUAUGAAAGACAGUUCGGAGUUAAUCAUCCACAAUCCUGGAUUUGAGCAGCUGGAGACUGCUGAGUGGCUGAGAGCGAAGGAACUGGACAAGAAGGCUGCUGCACUAGGCAGGAAGCUGGCAAAAGGUCUGGAGACUGAUGAAGAAGAGGAAGAGGAGGAAGAUUUCUAUGAUACAUCUGAGAUUGAGGCCUCGGGCAUCAUCUUCAGCCCUGUGAAGAGCCGCUCCAGACUCUGCUCUGCACAUGACCUCUUUGCCAUCCCAAUGCCGCAGAGUUUCCAGGUUGGGAUUAAUGUCAUUGAAGCACAGAAGUUGGUGGGGGUGAACAUCAAUCCCUUUGUUGUAGUCAAGGUGGGAGAAGAAAAGAGGCACACAGCAACACAGAAGUCAACAAACUGCCCCUUCUACAACGAAUAUUUUUUGUUUGACUUCUAUGAGCCAAGAGACAUUUUAUUGCACAGACUUAUAGAGAUCUCGGUUUUUCACUCAAGGAAGAUACCAUUUCUGGGAACUUGCAUAGGAACGUUCAAGAUGGAUGUUGAGACAGUGUACAGCCAGCCAGAUCACAGGUUUUUCCAGAAGUGGGCAGUUAUCAGUGACCCCAUGGACACCCGGGCAGGCGUGAAAGGCUUUGUGAAGUGCAACAUCUCUGUCUCUGCACGCAGGGAUAUUGUGGGCUUCCUUCACACCUAUUCAAGGAACCAGGAUGAGGACAUUGAAAGGAACCUGCUGCUGCCUAAGAGAAUCCCUGCAGAGAGACCCUGGGCCAGGGUCUGCAUCAAACUCUAUCGUGCUGAGGGUCUGCCCAGCAUGACAGCAGGCAUCAUGGGUGGUAUCUCCAAGAUCAUAGGGGAGAGAAAAGUCUUUAUCGACCCAUAUGUGCAGGUCUCAUUCUGUGGGCAGCAGGGGGAAACGUCAGUAGAGACCAGCACCACUGAGCCCGAGUGGAAUGAGCAGAUCAGUUUCAUUGAGAUGUUCCCACCUCUGGCCAGGAAGAUAAAAGUCCAGGUGCUGGAUGAUGCAAAUGUUGGUGAUGUGGCCAUUGCUACACACUACAUUGACCUGCAGGAGAUCUCAGACCCUGACAGGAAUGGCUUUAACCCCACAUUUGGCCCAGCCUGGGUGAACCUGUAUGGCUCCCCUCAGAACUCAACUCUACGGGAUGUCCACAAAGACCUCAAUGAAGGUAUGGGUGAUGGCAUCUUCUACUGUGGGCGCAUCCUCAUGGCCAUCACAGUGGAGAUCUUCAGCAGCCCCAGUGCAGCAGAGAGAAAGCUUGGGUACAGGAUGAGAGGUGCCCUGAAAAAAAUGAAGCUGAAGAAGAAAAGUAAAAAAUCCAAGGAGAAAACGAAAGAACUGAGCCAGCUGCAGGGAGAGGGGGAGGCUGGGAGCUCUCAGGAGGCCGAGCAGCCCAGGGAGGUCACUGUGGAAGUAGAAGAGCUUCAUCCACUCCCUGAGAAUGUGUUGGGGAGAAAGGAUGAAUUCCUCCUCUUUGCUGCCUUCUUUGAAGCCACUAUGAUGGACUCCUCUCUCAGCUCGAAACCUGUCAACUUUGAAGUCUCUAUAGGAAACUAUGGAAAAUUUGAAGAGGUUGUGACCAAAGGAUGGCAAAAAGUGGAAAAGGGAGAAGUGAAAGAAGAAAGGCAGCCGUUACUGGCUGCUGGUUCAGAUGGUGAGCUGGAUGCUGAAAUCCUGACUCCAGCUUUAGCAGCACUGAACAAAUCAGUUACAAAGAGUCAGAGACCAGAGCCCAUGGAAUAUGACAAGUCAUACAUCUGCCUGCCCAUGACGCAUGAAAAACCCUGCGUGUAUGUAUGGAGCUACUGGGAGGAUCACACCUGGAGACUCUGCAUUUCCAACCGGAUUGUCAAACUGGCAGAGCGCCUGGAGCAGGGUUUGGAUGAAGUGGAGAAGCUCUUGAGAAGACCAAAGGCUAAAGCAGAAGAGCGGUUCCGAGAGGUGCUGGAGGAAUUUGUAGGUGGAUGCAGGCAAUAUUCACUCAACGCAGAGAGAAAAACAAUUGCUCAUCCAAAUAACCUGGACAGAUGUCGGACAAAAUACCUGAUGCGCAACAUUAUCCUGUAUGCAAAGCAGGGGCUCCGUGUGAGGCGGCACCUGACCCGAGACAAUGUCAAGGAGAAGGUUAAGGAGACAAGGAGGAUCCUGGCAAAGAUACGUUCCAUGGCUAAAGAGCCCCAGUGCACUCUCCCUGAUGUACUCAUCUGGAUGCUCAGCAACAACAGGCGUGUAGCAUAUGCCAGAAUUCCUGCACAAAACAUCCUCUACUCAGUAGUUGAAGAGGAGAAAGGCAAAGACUGUGCAAAGAUCCAGACUGUCUUUAUGAAGGUCCCUGGCUUACACACUGGUGAGAUCUUUGCCAAACUGGAAAUCUACAUGUGGCUUGGGGUAACCAAAUAUGCAAAAAACUGUUUGGCAGAGCUGCCUGAGGAGUUAUUUUCUGAGACUGAGCAGGAGAUAGCCCAGCUCUCAGCAUACAGCCUUCCCAGCUGGCUCCGCAGGGAUGACUUCAGCUAUUUCCAGCUCCGAGCCCAUCUCUAUCAGGCUCGAGGGAUUCUCCCUGCAGAUGAUAAUGGCCUUUCAGAUCCAUUCGCAAGAGUGGUGUUUUCAACUCAUUGCCAGACCACCAGGAUGCUGGAGGAGACACUGAGCCCUAUGUGGAACGAGCUACUUUUGUUUGACCAGCUCAUUAUUGAUGGGAAGAAAGAAGAGUUGAAAACAGAGACCCCCAUCAUUAUAAUCAACCUCUUCAGCCACAAUAAAUUUGGCUCCCCUGAGUUCCUUGGGCAGGCCUUUGCUGUCCCACAGGUGAAGCUGGUUGAUGAGCCAUACACCAAACCUGCCUUGCAGUUCUUUGAUUUCUACAGAGGCAGCAAAACAGCGGGAGAGCUCAUUGCCACUUUUGAGCUGAUUGAGCUUGAUUACAGUGGCUAUUUGGAGCCAUCAGUGCCUGAAGAUGUGGAGCCCAAGGAGCCUGACUACCUGGAAGACCCCCGUGCUGGACGGUUCAUCAUCCCUGAGGGCAUCCGCCCGGUACUGAAGGAGUUUCGCAUAGAGAUCCUGUUCUGGGGCCUGAGGGACCUGAAGAGAGUGAACUUGUUUGAGGUGGAUGAGCCUCAGGUGAUCAUUGAAUGUGCUGGCAAAAAGGUGGAGUCAGAGGUGAUUACGUCCUACAAAGAGAACCCCAACUUCACUGAGCUGGUCAAAUACAUGGAUGUGGAGCUCCCAGAGCAGGUAUACCUGCACCCUCCCCUCAGCAUCUUUGUGGUGGAGAAGCGUGCGUUUGGGCGCACUGUGCUUGUGGGUAGCCAUGUUGUGUCCAAUGUGAUGAAAUUCUCUCCCAGAGAGUUGGAGGAGGAACCAGAGCAUGUGCCCAAAGCUUGCAAUGUCUCAUCUCACCAUCUUCCAUCUCAGACUGUGGUAAAUAUUGGACAGGCAGCUGGUGACCCAGGCUCCAGCACUCACCCCCUUAGUUUUGUGAAGGCUCCUUUGAAGAAAAUUCUUAUCAACAAGCUUGUAAAGAAGGAAGAUGAAGAGGAAAAACCAGAACUGGAAGAACUGGAUUGGUGGUCCAAGUACUAUGCGUCCCUGAAAGAGCUGUAUAACCAGGCAUGCAGUGAUGAGGAAGAUGCUGAGAACGAUGACCUGAAUGAUGCAGAUGGAGGGAAUUUAAAUGCAUCUUCCAUUGACAUGGAAGCAGAGGAUGAGGCAGUGACUGAAGCUGAACCUGCUCAACCCAAGAGGAAGCUCAUUGCCACCCUUCAGAUCUACAACUCUGAGCUGGAACAUGAGUUUGGUAAUUUUGAAGACUGGUUGCGUAUUUUCCCCCUUCAUCGUGGCAAAGCAAAUGAAGAUGAAGAUGGAAAUGAGGAUGAACAUUAUGUGGGGAAGUACAAGGGCUCCUUCUAUGUCUACCCCACUGAGGAAGCUGCUACAGAGCCCAAGGUCUCCCAGGGCAUUCCAAGGAACAGACCCAUCAAGGUUCUUGUAAGAGUUUACAUUGUUAAGGCCACAAAUCUCUCUCCAGCAGACCCCAAUGGCAAAGCAGACCCCUAUGUGGUGGUGACUGUGGGGCAGCAGCAGAAGGACACGAAGGAGCGAUACAUCCCAAAGCAGCUCAAUCCUGUGUUUGGAGAAGUUGUGGAGCUGACAGUCUCCUUUCCCAUGGAAUCAGAACUCACUGUGGCAAUAUUUGAUCAUGAUUUGGUUGGAUCUGAUGAUCUGAUUGGGGAGACCAAGAUUGACUUGGAGAAUCGAUUCUACAGCAAGCACAGGGCCAACUGUGGAGUGGCUGCGCAGUAUGACUUAAAUGGCUACAACAUGUGGCGAGAUGCUUUUAAACCCACACAGAUCUUGGAUAGUUUAUGCAAGAAAAACUCAAUCCCUGCUGCAGAGUACAGAUGGGAGGAAAUUAAAGUGGACAAUAAAAUAUUCAAAGUCCCUCCAGAGGCUUUUCCUGAAGGUACAGAGGGCUUGUUGAACUGGUCCCUUAAACAGCUGCCUGUGGUCAGCAAUGCAUGUGUUGAGGCUUCUGUGAGGAACAAGAGAGGAGUGGCAGAUGAGAACUUGUCGCUGGAUGUUGAACAUAAGGCUUUGUACGUCCUGCAGCACUGGGAAGAGAUGCCAGGAUAUGGGUACAAGCUAGUACCAGAGCAUGUGGAAAUCCGGUCUUUGUACAACCCGGAGAACCCCGGCCUUGUGCAGGGCUCCUUGCACAUGUGGAUUGACAUGUUCCCAAAUGAUGUCCCUGCACCACCACCCAUCAACAUCAAACCACGACUGCCUGUCAGCUAUGAGCUCCGUGUGAUUAUCUGGAACACAGACAAUGUGAUCCUUGGUGAUGUCAACCCAGUAACAGGAGAGCCUUCCAGUGACAUCUACGUGAAAAGCUGGAUAAAAGGUCUUGACCGUGAUAAGCAGGAGACAGAUGUUCACUUUAACUCCUUGACUGGGGAAGGCAAUUUCAACUGGAGGUUCAUCUUUCGCUUCAAUUAUCUCCCAACUGAGAAGGAGAUCACCUACAAGAAAAAGGACUCUGUCUUCUCCAUGGAGGAAUCAGAGUUUCGGGAACCGGCUGUUCUGGUCCUCCAGGUCUGGGACUAUGACAGGAUUUCAGCUAAUGACUUUCUAGGCUCCAUCGAGCUGAAGCUGCAUGACAUGGUGUGGGCAGCCAAGAGCUCUGAGCAUUGCACCAUCAAAAUGGCCAAGGAGAAUGCAACACCUCGAUUCUCCAUCUUCCGAAAUAAGCGCAUGAGAGGCUGGUGGCCCUUCAUUAAACUCAGAGAUCAAGAAGAUGACGAGAGAGAGGAAAGGGAGUGCAAGAAGAAGAAAAAAACUAAGUGGAGCAGCUCAGUCAGACCAGAGGACAUGGAAUUCACAGACGCCAGUGGGAACAAGUAUUUCCUGACGGGUAAGGUGGAAGCGGAGUUCCAACUGCUGACUGUGGAGGAGGCUGACAAAAGUCCUGUUGGCUUGGGCCGAAAAGGGCCUGAACCCCUGGAAAAGCCCAAUCGGCCCAAAACAACUUUCAACUGGUUUGUGAAUCCCAUGAAGACCUUUGUGUUUUUUAUCUGGAAGCGGUACAAGAAAUAUAUAAUUGUGCUGUUUGUUGUCACUGUUCUGACAAUCUUCCUGGUUCUUUUGGUCUACACUAUGCCUGGAUACAUCAGCGAGAAGAUCAUUAAUGGAUAAAUGCUCUUCAUCAGAGGACUAUUCAAAGACAGGGGUGAUUGUAGCAGGAAUCAAGACCUUAAGAUCAGAAAGUUAAUGAAAACCUGUGGGUGCAGACACAGCCUAGAGAGACAGAGACCUGCAGAAGUGAGCUUUGUUUUCCUUGUGAAUAAAAACUC